ACUGUCUGUAGACUCACUGAGAAAACCAACCAGCCUGGACUGCCCUGUUUAUCCUGUUUUGUCACAGUCAGGAAAGGAGCCCAUCCUGGCACCUCACCAGGGAAGGGAUAAAAGCCCAGCCAUUCCUGGAACUACACCUGGCACUCCUUCCAAGUAGUCAGCUCCGGGACAUGGGAAGUCCAGAACCUUCCACCCAGAUACAACAAGCAUGAUGUUGCCUUUCCUGCUGUCCCUUCUGCUUGUUCUGGGUCCUGCAGUCCCCCAGGAAACCCAAGAUGGGCCUUAUUCUCUGACCUUCCAUUCCAUUGGAAUAUCCGGGCCUGAGGCAGGCUUCCCCAGUUUUCAGGCCACUGGCUACCUCAAUGACCAGGCCUUCUUUCACUAUGAUCAUGAAAGUGGAAAGGCUGAGCCCCGAGGCCCAUGGAAACAAGUAGAAGGAAUGGAGGACUGGGAGGAAGUCAGUAAACAUCAGAAGGCCAGGGGGGACUUCUUUCUGAAGAACCUGAAAGAAGUCAUGGACUAUUACAAGGACAGAGGUAAGUGA